CAAAUAUUUCAACAGCGAUACACCGGUUCGAUGUGCGCCUCUUCCGAGGCUCCGAGGAAAGUUUCAAGAAUGUGUUGAGCUGACUCUGUCUGGACAUACUAGGGUUUUCGGGAAUGGAUUCGACGUUGUUGCUGUUCCUAUUGACCGGGUGCAGCGUGAAAUUCGCGCUUGGUCAGCAGGGCCCGGUCUUCGUCCUGGAACCGCCUAGCACCCUGGUCUUUUCAAACACCACGGGUUCUCAAUUGGGCUGCUCCGCGCACGGCAGCCCAACGCCGCACGUCACGUGGAUUACCAGCCCGGAUCAGAGAUCGGUUACGGCAGUUCCGGGACUCAGGCAACUUCUGGGCAACGGAACGUUAUACUUUCCGCCAUUCUUGGCUCAAGACUUUCGAGCCGAGGUGCACAAUGCCCGAUACAGAUGCCGUGCGACCAGCUCCGUUGGGACGGUACUCUCUCGCGAGGUCACCCUUCGCGCCGUAUUGACGGUGCCCGGAUACGACGUCAGAGUGAACAGACAGCCCGUCAUGGAGGGAUGCAACGCGGUGUUGUCCUGCACUGCUCGUGAAGAUGUCAAGGAACAUCUCACCGUAACUUCGUGGUUCCGCGACGAAGCUAUCCUCCUGCCUGGAAACACAGACACCGGCGGAAGAUUCGUGGUUACAUCGCAGGGUGAUCUUCAUAUUAGGGCCGCCAGACCAGAAGACGGCAGAGCGACGUACUCGUGUCUGACCCUGCAUGCCUUAACCAGCGAGCGGAAAAGAAGCGAACCCGCCAGUCUGACAGUCACGGAACCAACCGGUUCCUCGCCGCCGCGAUUGAUGCAGCGGUCCGAGAUCGCUAUUUCCGCCGAGAGCGGCUCCGACGUUCACCUCACGUGCUCGGCGCAAGGAAGCCCACCGCCGCAAUUUACCUGGUAUCGCGAUGUUAAUGGCCACUCGAUACCGGUCGAAUCGUUCGGCCGUAUUCAGCUUUGGGGUGAUUUAAUGCUAAUUCGUCGCGUAGACGCGCAGGACGCUGGAAGAUACGUUUGCCGGGCCAGCAAUCAACUCGGCGAGCAACGAGCGGAGACGCACUUGUCGGUCACUUCAAAGCUAAACGCUCGGAUUCAGCCGCGUGUGCAGGUCAUUAAUUCUGGCGAGACCGCCACGAUGAACUGCACGGUCGAGGGAUAUCCGGUCGAGAGCGUUGAGUGGCUGCACGACGGUGUACCAGUAUUGACCGCACAGGACACGAGGAUCAGAUUGUUGGCUCCCUUGGUGCUCGUGAUAGGCUCCGUCGGUCGCAGGGACAAAGGGAUGUAUCAGUGUUUAGUGAGGAGCGACAAGGAAAACGCGCAAGCCACCGCCGAACUCAAGCUUGGAGACACGGUUCCGGAGCUACAAUAUACAUUUAUCGAGCAAGCCCUGCGACCGGGCCCGCCGGUCUCUCUGCGGUGUUCGGCUACCGGUUCACCGACACCAUCCUUCACGUGGUUGCUUGAUGGCGAACCACUGAGCCAAAUUGCGACUGGGCACAGGUAGGUCGUACCUAUAUCAGGAGAGGACGUUAUACCCUACUGUCUUCUAAUCAGCAACUGUACGUGCAGGUACGCAAUAGGCCAAUACGUGGACCAGUCCGGUGACGUGAUCAGUCACUUAAACAUUUCAUCGGCGGGAACCGAGGACGGCGGACUGUAUGCUUGCGUCGCGUCCAACACUUUGGCGACCGUCGAACACAAAGCUAGAUUGAACAUUUACGGACCUCCGUACAUCCGAUCGAUCGCCCCGGUUCGCGCCAUCGCCGGUGUCGACAUCACAAUAGCGUGUCCCUACUCAGGAUAUCCGAUCACAUCGGUCGAGUGGACCCGGGGUGGCGCCGAGUUGCCCUUUGACAUCAGGCACCGAGUCGACAGUGAGGGCCACCUUACGAUCGUCACGGUGGAUCCGAAUGAUGCCGGCACCUACACCUGUAUAGUCCGAGCGAGUUCCGGGGAGACCGCCAACAGAGACAUACUUCUGACCGUUAACAGUCCACCGGUAAUGAGUCCCUUCAGCUUUCCCGCGAAUUCGCAAGAAGGCAGUCGCGCUCAAGUGACGUGCAGCGUAACGUCGGGCGACCUGCCGAUCCACAUUUCCUGGUUGAAGGACGGCGAACCGUUGCCCUCUUCCCUUCGCAUCGAAGAGCGAGGCGCUGAGUUCUUCAGUCUGCUCGUCUUCAAGGAACUGUCGUCGCGACACAGCGGCAAAUACACCUGCGUGGCCACGAACAGCGCCGCCAAGGUCAACCACACGGCGGAACUCUUGGUGAAAGUACCUCCUCAAUGGAUAUUUGAGCCGCAGGACGUGGCUACCCUCCUGGGCAAUCCGCUGAACGUCCAUUGCGAGGCGAAAGGUUUUCCGCCGCCGCGUAUCACGUGGCUGCGUGCCAGAGGCAGAACGUCCAACGACUAUCAGCCGCUGGUCGAUGGUUCCGAUGGUAGACUCACGAUAUUGCCUAAUGGGUCUUUGUGGACGGCUUCCGCCGGCCCGCAGGAUGAGGGUUACUAUCUGUGUCGGGCUAACAAUGGAAUCGGAUCAGGACUGAGCAAAGUGAUAUACGUGUCCGUGCACGAGCCGGCGAGGUUCGAGUUCCAGAGUAAGAACGUGACGAUUCGCCGCGGGGAGUCCGUGACCAUCGAUUGCACCGUGAUCGGCGACAAUCCCAUAGAGGUGCAAUGGAUGCACAACAGCGAUCGGCUGGACAUGAGCAAUCACAGAUUGAGCAUCGGCGAGAUUAAGACUGACAACGGCCUGAAGUCUCAACUGUCCGUCGCGAACAGCGAUCGGCAAGAUUCCGGAGUCUACAGGUGCACGGCGAACAAUGCUUACGGAAGAAGCGAGCAUCUCAUUUAUUUAGCGGUGCAAGAGAGGCCGGAUCCACCAGCCGGACUAGAGGUAAUAGAGAUUGGUUCUCGAUCGAUACGCUUGCUGUGGAAGCGGUCCUUCGACGGGAACAGCCCCAUAAGAAAUUACGUGAUACAAUACCGCUCGCUGAGCCACGGUAUGACCGACGAUUGGAAUCCCGUUAAAACGCACAACGUCACGUACACGCCGGGAAGCCCCAAUAGCGGUAAUUCUAUACAUCCGACCCAAAACGGCUUAUCGCCGUUCGAUACCGCGGCCGAUGACCAAGAAGUAGCUCUGGUCGGCGGUCUUCAUCCGGCUGUCACCUAUACCUUCAGGAUAUUCGCCAUAAACUCCAUCGACGCGAGCGGACCGACGGAGCCGGUGGUGGCGAAGACGCAGGAGGAGGCGCCCACAGAACCGCCGCAAAACAUCAAAGUGCAAUCCGCCGGGCCCGGGGAACUCAUGGUUAGUUGGCAGCCACCGCCGAAGGAAUCCUGCAACGGUGAUCUGUUAGGAUACAUAGUCACGUGGUCGGAACACUCGUCGUCGACUUCGGGCGUGAAUCAAAGUAAAAGCCUGACCGUGAACGGCUGGGCGACGACGAAGGUGCAACUGACCGGCUUGAGGAAGUUCACCAAGUACGACAUUUCGAUCCGAGCCUUCAACAGUAUAGCCAGCGGACCAACCAGCUCUCCCAUCGUGGGCACUACUCAGGAAGGAGUGCCGGAAACGCCGCCGACUCAAGUGACGUGUGCCCCGUUAUCUUCGCAGAGCGUCAAGGUGUCCUGGAUCGCACCGCCGCUUCACCAGCACGGUGGGAUUAUCAUAGGAUACAAAGUCUAUUACAGGCCGGUGCCUACCGAUAACAUGGACAUCUCGACGGUCGGCGAGGUGAAGAAGACCUCCAGCAUGGAGACCUACUUGCACACGUUGUACAAGUACACGAAUUACUCCAUCAAGGUGUUGGCCUACACGAAAGCGGGCGACGGAGCGCUCAGCCCACCGAUUUUCUGCAUGACGGAAGAGGACGUUCCUGGCCCGCCCGCUGGUAUCAAAGCGCUCGCGUUAACGGCGGAGAGCAUAUUAGUUUCGUGGUUGCCGCCGUUGCAGCCUAACGGGAACGUCUCGAAAUACACGGUGUACAGCAGAGAAGCCGGCUCGAAAAAUCACAACGCGUACACAAUGCACGAGCCGCCGUUGUCGCCCACGGACACCCUCACGAUGGAAUUACGGGACCUGGUGGAGAGGCAGUUGUACGAAUUCUGGGUGUCGGCGACGACCAGCGUCGGAGAAGGGGAGCAAACCAUUAUAGUUACGCAGACGACGAAUACCAGAGCUCCCGCCAGAGUGGCGUCGUUCUCGCAAGUACUGAGGAGGGCUGUGAAGUCGUCGGUCAUGCUAUCGUGUCUGGUAGUGGGGAAUCCCACGCCGCGACCAAUCUGGACAUAUAGAAACGGUCAGAUCUCCACCAGCAGGCAUUACGAGAUUACACACGACGGACAUCUCAAUAUACGCGGAUUGGAACAAUCGGUCACGGGAAAUUACACUUGCUCGGCCAGCAAUCUGUUCGGCGACGAUUCCAUCACGUAUUCGUUGGUCGUCGUAAUGCCGCCCAAAGCACCGUCAUUGGAGCUACAAUAUACGACGACCAACAGUAUCCGAUUCCGAUGGAAUCAUCCUGACAAUGGCGGUGCUACUAUACAAGGAUACGUGUUAAGCUACAAGAGGGAUCAGGGAGGUUGGGAAGAAAUAACCUUGUCUCCCGAGCAGACGGAGUUCGUGCUCUCCGGACUGAAGUGUGGUUCGUCCUAUUUGGCGCAUUUGACGGCGCACAAUCGCGUCGACACGGGCGACCCGAGUCCGCUGAUCAGCGCAACAACGAAAGGCACCGCGCCUCUACUGCCCAAGGAAAGAGAUAUCAUCUCGGCGAACGGCACGUCGGUGAAACUGAACUUAUUAUCUUGGCCUAACGGGGGGUGUCCCAUUCAAUAUUACACCGUGGAAUAUCGCCGACGGAUCAGUACGGAGCCGUGGAUCCUGGUGGCCAGCCGAGCGACCGAGAAUCUCAUUAUCCGCGACUUGAAAACGGCGUCGUGGUACAGCCUGCGUUUGACCGCGCACAACGAUGCGGGCUCGACUCAGACGCAAAUGGAAUUCGCCACGACGACGCUGAGCGGAGUCAGUAUCGGUCCGCCUAACGAUCUGAUAAUGGAGGACGAUGUCAAGAAGACCGUGCCUAAUCACAAAGUUCUGUACGUCGUCGUGCCGUUAAUCUGCGCGAUCGUGUUGGUCGUUUCCGCGGUUAUUCUGGGAUACGUCAUGCUCAAACGUAGCGGCAGAGCGAGUUACCUAGGGGAAAUGCUGCCGGGACAGCAACAGCAACAACAGACGGGAUUGGGAAUGGUUCAGCAACAACAGCAUCAGCAGCAGCAUCACCACUUGUCGAGCUGCAUGUCGACCGUGCAACUGAAAUCGACCGCUGAGCGCGACAACAGACGCAAUCAUCAGGUUUAUACCAGCUCACCCGUGAAGCAGGAGAACCACAAAACGACCGAUCACGGAUCGGAGAUGUACGAGAUAAGUCCGUACGCCACGUUCAGCGUUCCCGGGAGAGAAAACCGCUCGGUGACGACGGCGACGCUCGAUUACACGAUGCAGUUCAAGACGUUCGGCCACUUGGAGAACGAGGAUAUCAACACUAUCGACUACGAGAGAUCCAGCGUGGAGUUCGAGAGGUCGAAAACACCAAGGUGGCACAAGCAACGCUACUUCCCGAGCAUCGCGGAAGCCGAGAGCAAGCUGCGAUCGAGUCGACAGGGCUCCGGGAGCGACACGUCCGGGAGUCCCUGCGGCGAAUGCGCCGGGCCUAGUUAUAGGGUGCCAGUAAAGCCUUGUAGAGAUGUAUUUUCGCGAGGAGUGGAAUCGAGUACGGAGUCCAACAACGAAGGCUCGCCCUCACUCGCGAGACGACGAAGCCGACAGCCGAGCCGGUCUACUCGCAGUUCGGUGGAGGACAUGACGCUAUUGCCGCCAAGCGGGUUCAGCGACAGCCGUGAAUUGAGCGACGUGGAGUGCGACCGUGAUCGUGAUCGCGAACGCGAUCGUGAGUGGCAGAGUUUGUCGGCCGGAACCCGUCACGGCGGCAGCCUGGGUAGACUACCGAUCGAGGCCGUCGAAUCUAUGCUCGCUAGAUAUCAGCAAAGGAAGGAGCAAGAAAGGCAAGAGUUCACUAUACACGUAUGAUCGAGAUUCGCUGGUUCGACUUGGUAUCUUCGCCGGACGAUAUAAUAUUGUUUAGGAAGAGACGGGGAAUCAUUUCUCCUCGGGAUCAUCCGUCGUUGGCGGAAAUUUUACGGGAUCUUAACGGAGAUGGUAGUUCAAUGUAUCGUAAGGGACAAUUCAACCGAUCGACGACGGAGAAUGACAAAGGACUCGCAGAGAGUUCUGUUCGGAGAGGUGUUAACUACAGACCUGCGUUGCGCAAAAUACUGCCGUUAUUAUACAUAAAAGAAAAACAUGGCCUUCGUACGUAACCCUGUAUGUACUACCGCAAACGAAACAGCGCGCCGAAUGGCGGGAGAAAAGAAUGCCAAACCUCUCGCUUGCCGGCACACAUACGCACACACGCAUACAUACACACACACACACGCGAUUAAUCGAGAAACAACGGAAAACACUGCGACGACUAACUGCGCGUUUUUGAUAGCAUUUAUUCUUUCUAUCGCCAAAUUACGAUUGUAUUGUAUUAUUAUACGAAACGUGAUAAAGCGAUAAAGGAAGUCUGAUUGACCGAUCCAUUACUUUCGCGACGACCAAUUACUGAUAUACAGGGUGAACGCCAACUACCGCAACGAGUAUCUCCGCUUCACUUACUGCGAUUUACUUAUUAACGAGCCAUUCUAUGUGCGAAUGUAGAAAUGACCAAUUUAUCGGGAAACGAGUAUUACAUUUUAAAAGAUUUUAAGAGCGUCGCAGCGUCCGCGGCGUUACGUGUUACCCCUCGUAAAAUAGGUCAAUUAAUUGAGAGAGGAAGCGCACAGGGCAUAUAAUAUUCGAUGAAACUCUCCAUCUCGGACAUCGAACGUUGAUUUCGAAAUGUUGCUUUCUUCGAAGUAACGUUUGAGAUAUAUGCAUACAUUUAUCGUGAAAAAGUGCAAUACGAUUCGAUGACGCUGAUUUUGAAAAUUAACCUUCGACGACUGAUUAGUUUCUUUUCUAAUAGUGCCAAUUCUAACGAAACUGUAUAGUAUUAAGAACGUCACGGGGAAGAUUUGGAACAAGAAGGACUGUACAUGUGAUCCUUCAUGGCCCAAAACCGAGAAGCCGAGCGCUCUUAAGCGCUGCCAUUAAAUUAGUAUCUACGGGCCGAUCAUUCGAACGAGCGACUAGCGCCUUAAUUGUGUAAAUAAAUCUAAAAUGGCUCCUCAACGGAUGACAUUUAUCGGUGUGAUCGUGAAAUACGCUAUUGAUUAUGGGAUAUCACUCACGCGGAGACAGGAACCAUAAUAUAUCCGCAGGCAGGGCCGAGAUUCGUAGAGCAAUCGUAGAGCGAUCGAUGAAACUGUAGAGCUCCAUUCCUCCCGUCGGGAAUCCAGCGCCUCGUUUUCUUUUCUCGAAGAUCUCCUCGGCGACAUGAGACUGACGUUAACCGAGUACGCUUAUGUUAACUUCUGCCAAAGAAAGUAAAUCAUCAGCCGUUCUGUCGAGCCGACACUUCCGAUCGUGCCGGAACGGAGGCACGCGAUACGCGCGCCCGACAUUUUUCCUCCCGCUUUCGCUUCUCGUUUUUUUUUUUCUCUUUUUAAAUAAAGAGAGACAAGACUCGAAAGACUCACUUAGUAUUAUCUCAUGACUGUUUUCAUUAAGGUGUUAUUGAUGCGGAUAAGUCUCGUAGGUAUUUUAUGGAAAUUCACAACGUGCGUCUUCUAUUUGCUUUACCAGCGAGUUAUCGCGUAGAUAUGAUAUGUAUAUAAACGAGAUGGUCGGAAGGCGAGAUCCUUCGAGAUUGGCGUAUUCGGGAACGUUUAUUUCGGAGAACGAGAAAAUAUACGCGAGAAAAUGUGGCGAAAUUAAUUGCGGCCGGAGUCGUAACAUCAUACCGCGAGAAAAUAGACGGAUCGGAAAGGAAUCAAAGAGGAAAUAGUGUUUGGUAAAAUUGGAUUUCCUGCCUACAAAAUUCAGGAAAUGGAGAUAAAUAAUCGUUGAUUCCUCGUAAUUCAUCUAUUUUCCGUGAGAUAAGACCGUUUGAACAAUUCGAUCAAAUAUACAAAGCGAAAUUAUAUUGGGGGAAGAGAGAGAGAGAGAGAGAGAGAGAGAGAAAGAGAGAGAGAGAGAGAGAGUACCGUGCGUAUGCUUAAAUCUGUCGCGUACCCGCCACCGUAAGAGCAAAACUGUUCGUUUAACAGUCGGAAUAAAUGCGAGAUAUAUUGUCAUUUUGAGAAGUGGAAAUAUGUGUAAAUGUUUUAAUUCGUCGCGCCAGUGAAACCGUCAAACGAAGACUGUUCGAAUAAUUAGAGCAAAUGCGGAAUGAAAUGAAAAUUAUUUACGACGAAAAGUCAGUAAAGACGCCAUUUUGAACAUUUCGAUAAUUCUGGAAUUUGUAUAUGCCAAGGGAACGGUCUCCACCGAGACAUAUGUAUACAUUCACUGACAAAAAAGGAAAUAAAAAGGAAG